AUGUUUGGCAGCAGUCGAUCGGGGGGCCAAGGCGAUGAGUUCCAGUACCGGGGCGUCCAGAGAAGGUCGGACAACCGGUACAGAGCGGUGAUAAAAGGCGUGGAGGAGAAGGGAAAGAAGAAUCACCUCGGGACCUUCGACACGGCCGAGGAAGCCGCCAUGGCCUACGACUACGCGGCUCGCUCCCUGCACGGCUCCAAGGCCUACACGAACUUCGUCUAUCCUGACGGCAGGCAGCGCGGUUCCCUCACCAACAUCCCCGCCCCCGAAGAGCCCGAGUAUGAGCUCUCGCCGCAACACCCCCCCGCCCCCGCCGCCGGAUACAACUACCAGCAGGGCUACUACGGGCAGGGCCAGGGGCAGGCUUCGGGGUUCGGGCAGGUGGAGUACCCGCAGUGGGUGCCGGGGGAUGAGCUGCCGCCGCUGCCGCAGGAGCUCGGGAGCACCUCGGCGGUGGGGUACGGAGGCGGUUAUAUGGCGCCUCCGCCUCCGGGGCCGGGUAGUAGCUACUCCGGGUAUGGUUAUGGAUAUGGGAAUGGGAAUGGAUGUGUUUUCAAUAUUGUAUUUUUCGUGAUACGUGGCACCUCGGCGGUGGGAUACGGAGGCGGGUAUAUGGCGCCUCCACCUCCGGGGCCGGGAAGUAGCUACUCCGGCGGCGGAGGGUAUGGGUAUGGGUAUGGGUAUGGUUAUGGUUAUGGGAAUGGGAAUGGAUGGUAG